AUGGCAGCGAAGAGGGACCAACUUGUCACCGGGUCAACCCGAACCUCGUCGGAAUCUGCUGGCGACCUUUCUCAAGAGGAAUUGAGAAAGUACCUAGUGGCUGCACGAGUUUUUCAUGCUCACCGGUCGACAAUCAGUGGCUCUGGUCCUGUGACGCGCAUCAAAGCAAAGCCGGUCGCUAUAAACCCGGAAAUUGACGAGAACGCAGAACUCAUCAAUGUUAUGAUCAUGGGUCCACCUCGAUCCAAACCGGUCUUGCAGCAACAAUUAACCCAUACUGGCUCCGUGCAGGGGCAUCCAGGGUUGACAGUUCAGACAGGAGACUUGAUCGGAAUUUAUCAAUCUCUCUCAUGGACCUUAGAACUCAAUUCUAAGUGCACGAACCCUGACGAUGAUCGUCCACAAGAAAAGGACUCGUGGCUUGUGGCUAUGGAGUGGGAUCUCAUACAAGAAACUGUCUAA